CAUAAACGUCAUUCCAAUUCUAAUUGUCACAUUGUUUUUGUAAAUUCAAUGAUUUAUUGAUUUUCUCAUAAAAUUUCUUCGUUUACAUCGUUGUAUUUGUAAAGAAUAACGCAGAUUACCUAUAAUGGGCAAAAAGGGUGUUGUUUCAUUUAUCAAGGACUUCUAUUACGACCCUUUUAAGUGGUAAGUUGAUAUAACCUUACAUUUAAAAUGUGGUAACUGCAUUUCUGAUGUAACGCAGUUUGUACAUGUAUUGUGUCGCGUCACUGGUGAAGAGUGUCGGAUUUUUCUCAGUUGGCGUCGUUAUCGCCAGCGAGUGCUCGGGUCUUGAAAUAAUGCCGGCCGUGCCACAUUAAAUAGCUAAAAUGCUAAUCUAUAUGCUGUUGUUUUUGUUUGUGCGUGUCUGUGAGAGUAAACCAAACUUUGUUGUUAUUUUAACGGACGAUCAAGAUGACGUGUUGGGCGGCAUGGAACCGAUGAAGAGUGUGCAUCGGUUUAUUGCGAAUGAGGGAGUGACGUUUACCAGCUCUUACACCGCAUCACCUAUUUGCUGUCCGAGCCGUGCCAGCUUCUUGACUGGCCAGUAUGUUCAUAACCACAUGGUCCAAAAUAACAGCCUGAGUGGCGGCUGUUAUGACUCCAAAUGGAAGUACCACGAGAGCCACACAUUCGCCACUGUGCUGAAGGACGCUGGGUACAACACUUUCUAUGCUGGGAAGUAUAUGAACCAGUACGGGACCAAAGACGCCGGUGGACCCGAACUAGUGCCUCCAGGCUGGACGGAAUGGCACGGAUUAGUCGGAAAUUCGGUGUACUACGACUACGUGAUAUCGAACAAUGGGGUACCCACACACUCAACUAAUGAGUACCUCACUGAUGUUAUUCGCGAGCUCGGCAUCAGCUACGUGGAGAACCAGACGGAGGCGGCGCCGUUCCUGAUGGUGCUCGCGCCCCCCGCCCCCCACCAGCCCUUCACCGCCGCGCCGCGACACAACGGCACCUACCACAACGUCACGGCGAUCAGGCAUCCCAACUUCAAUGUCGCUGUCGAGGAUAAACACUGGCUCAUACGGAUGCCUCCAUCACCUCUCCCGGAUACAAUGAUACCGGAGCUGGACAGGGUGUACCGUUCCCGCUGGGAAGCGUUGUUAGCUGUCGAUGAAAUGGUCGCUGAUGUGGUCAACGCGCUGGAAUCUAACUCGCUUUUGGAUAACACAUAUUUGAUUUAUACGUCUGAUAAUGGUUAUCAUAUUGGUCAAUUCUCUCAAGCGUACGACAAGCGACAGCCUUACGAAACAGAUAUAAAAGUACCACUACUAAUAAAAGGGCCAGGAAUAAAGAAAAACGUGAAAAACCACCAACCAGUACUAAACAUAGACUUGGCACCAACCAUCAUAGAGUUAGCCGGUCUAGAAGUGCCAAGGAGUAUGGACGGACGGCCCAUAGACUUACAAAACGAGAAUGAGACGGAACGAUACAUGCUAAUCGAGUAUUACGGCGAAGGUCAAGAUGGUACGGUUGAUCAGAAUUGUCCUUGGAUUUAUGACAGCGAUAAUCUGGCGCAAUGCUACCCGCAAUACGAGUGCAAGUGUCAAGAUUCCAAAAACAAUACGUUUGCAUGUUUGAGGCAUAUCGGUGAAAGGAUCAAUAGGAAGUAUUGCAUGUUUGAUGACAACGAGGGUUUCACGGAGAUGUACGAUCUCUCAGACGAUCCUUACGAGAUGACCAACAUUAUCGACCAGACAUUCCCGGCCGUCAAACAUUGGUACCAACUUACUUUGUCACAACUAUUGAUAUGCAGCGGCGCCGCUAAAUGUGACAACCCUUUGGAAGGGUCUAACCUUGUUUAAUAUUCAGCUCAUACUACCUUUACUCACUGCUGGCUGAUUUGAUUUGUUAAUUAGUGGAAGAUAGUAAUUGUUAUUUGAUCAGUCGUCCAAUUUGAUCCAAUACAUUUAAAUGCAUAGAAAAUUUCGCACAAAGCUAUGUAUGUUUGUUUGAAAUAAAGGUGUGAAAUACA